UGGAGCGCGUCGCUAUAGCAACAAGUACACAGCGACCAACAUGGCUGGAGAGAAAUGCACAAGUGAGUUUGUGCAAAGGUUUUCUUUCAACCUUCUUCCGUCCAAGAAAUUCUCAUUCCUUGAGGAGAGACAGACAUUACAACUGUUCUUGAAAUGGUCCAUGUUAGGGAGGAUCUCAGUUCAGGCUUAUAAUUUUGACCAGAGCUUCUACCCCUACAACAGCAGGGACUUCACACUGAGUUUUUUCCAGGACCCCUGUGUGCAGGCCAACCUGAGGAGGAUGGAAGCAGGGGCAUGGCAGCCUCUAGACAGCCCAGUGGUCUCAGUAGAUGUGGAGGUGGUGCCGUGCAACACGGUUUCCAUGGAGCUGUUCGACCCGCUGUACUCCAGUGGAGUCCUGAGGCCUUCGGGACACAUCGUCAAAUGUCUCCAUGAGGUUCAUCCAGACUACGAUGAACUGAGACGGACGCUACAGGAAGAGGAUUCCGAGUACUACGACGCGAUUGGCAGAGAAGAGCGAGGCGAGUUCCUGUUCCGCCUUUUCAAGCACCUGUGUUUGGGAGGAGAGCUCUGUCAGUACGAAGACACCAUCGCUCCCUACAUCGACACGACCAAGCACAUCUACAAAGACCUCAUCAGUGUCCAGAAAGAGGCUGAAACCAAGAAGAUCAGUGUCGUCUCCACUGUGCUGAAGGUGUCCGCCUACGACGAAGCCGGCCUCUGUUACCCGGGGCGACGAGAGGAGGAGGAGCAGACGUUCUCCUACCUGAUCGUCGACCCCUUCAGACGCCACGUGUUUGUCUUCCACCACUGUCACGGCGUGGGCUCCUUCAACCUGUAACUCCAGACCUCUACAGGGAACACCAGCAAUCCGAGAGAGAGCCACCCUACUGCUGCUGCCCCCGCGGCUCGCCUCUGUGUUUAUCGAGGCUGUGCGUAUGUGUGGCCACCAGGUGGCGCGAUGAACCCUGAGCGUAAGUGGAAAGGGGGGCGGAUUCUGUCUGUCUGGGAAUUUGCCAGAUCGGGCACGUUCGGAGCCUGUCCCAGCCGAGGGUUCCCAUUUCAUACCUCUGUCUCUCUCUCUCUCUCUCUGCCAUCUCGGAUUCUAAAUGAUGGGAUGGGGGGAAAGCCUAGGUAACUCUAUUCAAAUGUUACCGAUUGACUCGUGCCAGAUCGGAGAUUUAUUGGGGGGGGGGGGGGGGGGGGAUGUUGGUAAGAGGAAAGCAUUUCCAGAGUAUCUGUAGAGCCUCGGUUUUUAACACAGCAGACAGCUGUUUGUUGUAAAAACAGAGUUCAAGUUUGUCAGCCAGCCGGCUCCAUACCCAUACUUCUGACCUGCUCUCCUCUCUUUCCUUUCUUCUUUCCUUCCUGACCACAGAUAUGAGAGGACUAGACAAGAGGGCCAUGGCUGACAAGUCACACAUUCUAAUAAAAUCCUGUAUGAGAGUCUGUUGACAUGAGUAGAGAAAAAACACAUACACGGUCUUAAAUGUUUGUUUAUUUCAUGACAAUAAAUGAGAUGUGCUGUGAAGAAACGUUCCAUGGUUUUAUUCAUCGAGUCCAACUUGAAAACGUGGAUUUUAACAUCAUUGCAGAUAUCCCAUACAAUGGAUU